ACCGCGUCCCGGCAGCACUGCACGGCGAGAAGCGACGGCCGACCGACCCUUGGCGCCGGCCGGGCCCCAGGUUCACCGCAAGUGAAGGAAGCAUGGGACAGUGCUGCUCGAGAAAAAAGCCGAGGAAGGAGUACUUCUCCAUCGUUCGCCACUCUAAGGAGAAUAUAAUUUUGCCGAAGCCUCAGCCAUCUGACGCAGUGACCAGCCAGCCGUUGCUGGAUGGCGCGCUGGUCGUCACUGAGCUGGACCUGUGCGUCCAGAGGAACGCCAUCGAGCACCGCACGCAGCGCUUCGAGCGCGGCAUCACCGGGCCGGCUCUGGUCGUGCGUCGCGGCCAGGCCUUCGAGAUCUACAUUCGCUUCAACAGGAAAUACACAGAGGAUCGGGACAACAUCUCACUCAUCUUCAGCGUCGAUGGCGUGGAGGUGCCGUCGCUUGGCCACGGGACGCUGGAGGCCAUUCCGGUGACCCGCGAGGAGCCCACCUCCUCGGACGCCUGGCGCGUGCAGAUCGUGCAGAACGAGGGCGACAAGAUCACGCUCAGUGUGACACCAUCAGCCAAAUGCAUCGUCGGAAAGUGGAGGAUCGACGUGGACACGAAGACGGGCGACCAUUCAUUGAGCUACACCCACCCGGACGUGAUGUACAUUCUGUUCAACGCCUGGUGCCCCGACGACAGUGUGUUCCUGUCGGACGAGAGCGCCCGGGCCGAGUACGUCCUCAACGACGCCGGACUGCUGUACCGCGGCAGCCACAGCCGACUGCGCCCCACGCCCUGGAACUACGGCCAGUACGAGCCCAGUGUGCUCGACUGCUGCCUGCAUGUUGUCGGCAAGGCGAUCUGCAGCCGCCUGUCGGAUCGGGCCGAUCCGGUGGCCGUGACUCGAGCCAUCUCCGCCAUGGUGAACCACUGCGACGAGAACGGCGUGCUGGUGGGCAACUGGAGCGGUGACUACGGCGGCGGCUCGCCGCCCACCAAGUGGCAGGGCUCGGUCAAAAUCCUCCAGAGGUACUACGACACUGGGAAGCCUGUCAAGUUCGGCCAGUGCUGGGUGUUUGCUGGCGUGUCGACCACAGUCGGCCGCGCGCUCGGCAUCCCGUGCCGUCCGGUCACGAACUACCAGUCGGCGCACGACACCCACGGCAGUCUCACCAUCGACCUGUUCUACGACGCCGAGGGCAAGCCCGUCGAGAGGCUCAACAAGGACUCGACCUGGAACUUCCACGUGUGGAACGAGGCGUGGAUGGAGCGACCGGACCUGGCCUCGCCCAACUUCAACGGUUGGCAGGCGUUCGACGCCACUCCGCAGGAGGUCAGCGAAGGUCGUUUUGCGUGCGGCCCCUGCUCGCUGGCGGCCAUCAAGGAGGGUGAGGUGAAGAGAUCCUUUGACACCACCUUCGUCUUCGCCGAGGUCAACGCCGACAGGGUGUAUUGGAAGUACUCUGGGCCCAUGCAGCCCUUGAAGCUCUUGCUCACCGAACCGGCAGACAUUGGAAAGGUGGUGGUCACGAAAGCCCUCGGCAAGUGGAGUCCUGAAGACCUGACGGACCACUACAAGUACCAGGAAGCCUCCUCUUCGGAACGGCGAACGAUGCUGCGCGCUCUAAGGGAGACCGGCCACAUCUUCAGCAGGUUCUAUCUCAACGAGGAGCUGGAGGACAUCCGGUGCGACUUCACACUCAACGAUGACAUCGUCAUUGGCCAGACGUUUCACGUCAACCUGAAGGUGGAGAACCGCAGCGAGGACAAGACGUACACGGUGUCGGCUCACCUCCGCGUGGACACGCAACUCUACACUGGUCGGUCCGGCAAGUUCGUCAAGAAGAACAAUUACCGGUUUCAGGUGGCGCCCGGACAGGUUGACGAGGUGUCCAUGCCAGUGGCGUACGACGAGUACUACAGCCAGCUGGUCGACCAGAGUGCCUUCAACAUCGCCGCCCUAGUCAGUGUGCUGGACACCGACUACGAGUACUUCGCGAGCGACGACUUCCGGGUCCGCAAGCCGGACAUACGGCUGGAGUUGGACGGACACCCUUCGGAGAACGCCGAGCUGAGGGUCGUGGCGGAGUUCAACAACCCGCUGCCGAUCAGCCUGACGAGGGGAAGAUUCCUGUUGGAGGGCGGCGGCUUGACCGAGCCAAUCAAGAUCAAGGUUAACAGGACGGUGGGGCCGUUUGAGCCGGUGCGGGCCAGCACGACCAUCGUGCCGUGGUCAGCCGGCGAGCACCUGCUUUCGGCCAAGUUCUACUCCAAGCAGCUGUCCGACGUGGACGGCUUCCUGCGGAUACUGGUCAAGCCGCGCCUGCUCAACACCGGUAGCGUCGUUCUGGACGAGGUGUCGUCGGGCGCUGGCCGCUCUCUGUAGCCAGCGCCGGGAGACUGAAGCCUCCAGCUGCCUCCUCGAGCCUUCGCGGGAACCCGGUGUCCUUGGUUGCCGGCGCUGGAGGCGGGCUGAAGCAACAGCCGGUGUCCGGAGCCUUCGCUAGAGCCGGGCGUCUCUGCAGCUGGCCUCAAGCCUCCGACCUAAAUCCCCGCAUGGUUCCGCGCCUCCGCGGCCUCCAUUGGAGUAAGGCCUCUGUAGCUUGUAGUGAAAUCGGGCCGAGGCCGCCGGGCGAGAUUCCGUUUCCUUCGUUGGGGCUGGGGUUUUGUGAAGCCUGCGCCAGAUUCGCUGAAGCUCGCAGCGAAUGCAACCUCGGCGCCGUCGGUGGAGCCAGCUCUACACCAAGUGUCUAGCGGAGUGCUUUUGCCCUUCGGCGGAGCUUCUGCAGCCUCCCACUGAAACUGAACGAUCUCUGUUUCUUCGCCGGAGUUAACAUCCUUAGCAGCUUUCAUCGGGAAUCUCUCAAGUCCUCAUCGGGUUGGGAUUGCCCUUGUGAUUUUUAGCAGAACCUUCCCUGGCGUCCACCGGAGUCUCAGUAGCCCGAAAUGGCUGCUCGAUCUUCGCAGUGUUCACCUGAGGGGCGCAGCCUCUAAAGCCUCCAUUGCUGACAGCUAAACUGUUUGCGGCCGCCGAUGUCUCUGUAGCCUUGACGAGAAUAGACUACGCUGCAGCCUCCAUCGCUGCAGACUCGGCUCGCAGCUCUUGUUCAAGGUCUCACAGCCCGGUGCUGGGCUCGUUUUCCGGGGACUGCCGCCGCCUGGUGUAAGCUCUCCGCCGCCGCCGGCGGGAGCGGCGGCGCAGUCGCACGCCCUUGUCGGACCCAGCUGCCGCCCAGAGUCGAGACGUUAAUAGGAUCCGUAAUGGCAUUCCCCGGAUGGGUAUCUUUAGAUAACGUUUGGCAGCGGCCGCUCAUCCGGGUUCUGGUUACUGGUGGUGGCUGCGCUUGGCCACUGCAAACCUCAAGAACAUCUGUGGAGUAGGAGGACAAGUGGGAAAAGUCGAGGUGUUUGAAGAUGCAGUCAACAAAGUGCUUGAAAGAACAACGCAGGCUGGCUGGGCUCUAAAACAAACUAACGGUACCAGCAGAAAUGUCUGCACUGUGGGAGAUGAACUGGCUUAGAAGGUAUCUUCGCGACAUAGCAAGCGGUUUUAUUAAUUUAGUCGAAAUACCGCUCCCACCAAAGUUUGUAUUAGAAUGUGUCUAGCUUGUCAUUUUUGUGCCACAUGCUUUGUAGAAGUUGAGCCCGUUUGCUGUAUGUGUAUAUAAUGUUAGAACGCAGAUCCACGCUAACGCCUAUUGUGCCAUUUAACUGAGCUCUUCAUUGCCGUUUAUGUAGUGAAGAUAUCUUGAUUUGUUUUCUCUGCGGUUGGCUUAGUUUGUCUCCUUGGCCACAGUCCUUGCCGUCACAGUGAAGAGAUUGAGUUUUACGAAAAAUGAUUUCUGAAACAGAUGCAUGUUACGCUCCAGCAUGCUGUUCGGAUAAUGCUACGCCCUUCUUAUCACCAGUUCUCUCCACGCGAUAACAAUUCCCCUGAGCGGUCUUGUCAUGAACCAAAUAGGAGCCGAGCGUGCGAUGGUCAUGUUUUCACCACAACAGUGAUGCAGCCCGGGGCGCUACUUCCGAAGACAAGAAGCAAACCUGACUGUUGGUCUCUUGCUGCGUCAGAAAUCAUAAGUCCACGCUCAUGCCAGGAAAAAUGUAUCUAGCUAACCUUUUUGGUGGGCCCAAUUGCUGUAGCAAAAGAACCGGGAGAUGUCUCUCCUAGCUUAAGUACGCUUAUUGUUUUAUCCCGGUGUUCAAAUUUGUGUUUGUAUCGUGGAGGAUAUGUCUCUUGCAGUGUUUCCGUGUGUGAGUGGCGCUAGCUGUGUUCCGUUGGUUGAAUGAGGAGUUUGCCAAAUUUCACACACAUUUUUAGAUUUUUACCAGUGAUACUCUCUUGUCGGACAUGUAUUGAAUGUAUGCUACUCGCAACGAACUAACGUCUUAUGCUGGUUUAAAAGGCAUUGCGUUCUCCAAGAAGUCAUUUGCGCUGUCAUUGUGCUAUCUUGAAAUAAAACACACUCGCGCAGUAAGAAGAAUGGUGCCUUCUGAAGGUGCUGUCAGAAGGUGCUGCAUGAAUGAUGCCGCCUGGUAGCCGGGAUGGAGUUUCCGUUCAGUGUUGAAUGGGGAUCAACGGAUGGAAAGCAUUUAUCAUGCGGUCAAUCGCGUUAUGAGUUUAAGGUAACGAUAAUCUGGGUCGCUGGCAUGAUGAUGGCACUAGCUGAAUGCCAUGCGUUUUUUCUUUGGUUGACCGGUAGCUCUAAUGAGGUAUUAGGGCAAAAAGACGCCUUUGUAAAGAGAGGAGCCAAUAGCCGUCUGUGCAUGAAAGGAGAACGUCUCGGUGAUUCCAUUUGUAAAACUGAAGACAGCAUUUCUGAUGCUUGUGUGAAGCUGUAAAAUUCUGUAAAAGAUGUCAUCAGGGUUUUAAGCACACGUAACCUGGACAUCUGCAGUGGGUCAACGUUUCGAAAGUGUGCCAAGGCUUGUUGUGCUGACCGUGAAGGGCGUCCGGUUACAUCAAACGAAAGAACAGUGAAAACGCACACGUUCCUGUUUCUUGCUGAUUUGACUAACCUGUUAACUUAGGUUCAUCUAGGCUCCGACCGCAUGCUGGACAGAACACUGUGCGUUCACGCCGAGCUCACCACCCAAACAGUGCCAUCCCACACCAACGGUAACCGUUCCCCGGUCUCAAGCGAUGUCGGAAGGUGGAGAAUGCCUUCGGGCCAUGAGGUCUAACCAUUCGACCGUAUGGCGCCAGACUGGCCCGUCUUCGACCAUCUCCGCGGGAUCCUACACAUGGACGGGACGAACAGCUCGACGUCCCCAUGUCUGCCAUUCCCCACGCCACCCACGCCACUCCAAAAUGGGUUCCAAACGGCACGGUGGAGCCGCGCCAAAUUUUGCAUAGCUGUAGAAAAUUGAACAGCGGAUCAUUUGGCACUACAAAUGUACAUAUAUCUGGUAAAGUUGUUGACCUACGGCCGGUCAAAGUCAGGUCAUGAAUUCUGCGGGGACGAUUUCCGGGGAAACGUUCAAUAUGAUGCAACAACAAAGUGAUAGACGAGGCUAUACAUCUCUGAGAUAUUUUCUUAGGCAACGCAACAAUUAAAUGAACGAAUUCCAUUGAUCUAGGGUCAGGUAUAAAGGCCAGACCCAGGUCAAAAUUAGCAUGUUUCAUUAUUCUAGAGCUCGCUGUGCCAGGCAGUUUCUGGCACUCAUCUCGAAUUUAUUGAUAACGGGAACCGCAUUAUGCAUAUUUUUUAAACUUCUUAAAGGGCGAGGUCAAUUAAAUGAUCAGGGUCAAGGUUGUCAAGGUCAACAUUUUGUUUUUAGGAACAUACUGUCUAACGUGAUCUUUGACGCUUAUUCAAAUGCAAUUAUCAUAAAUAAAUACGGCAAUCCUUAUUCUGGGGCACUUAAGAACUAAUCUGGAGUUCGACCCUAUUUGACCCGAAGGUUAUAAUCUAGGAAAUCAAAAUUUUGACACAAGUGAGUUCAUAUUCAGGCUAGUACACUCCGUGAAUUUGGUGUCUCUAGCUCUCUUAUUUUCUGAGAUCUCAAGGGGGUAAAAUUGACCCCCGCCCGAACGAAGGGUAUUCAACCGGCCACCCGGGUGGCUGUUAAGUCUUCGACAGCAUUCCCUUGGCUGUGCGGACAACAAAGUGCAUGGUACACUGUUCACACCUUUGCAUGCAGGCACAUGACGUCGAACGUCCAAUGCCCAAAGAUGCAAUAUUCUCAUUGGCGAUAUGUCAAUCGUCCGCCCUCAGACUGUUCAUCCAUAGCAUGCCAAGUCUUUCAAGGCAUGCGUGAGAUUCGAGGCCCUCCAUCGCGCGGUAAAGCUGGAGUCACAGGGCUGGCGUGACCCAUCGUCGUCGCUGCGCGUUUGAUCGAUAAACGGGCCGCCAACGCCGUGCCCGGCGUCCUCGGGGUCGUAGUACGUAGACCCAGCUCAGGCCCCGCACGAGCUCCACCUCCGCGUCAGUGUCGGCCCUCGUCGCAGCCGGGCAUCCCUUCGCGGCGACGCUCUCGGGAGCGGCAUCGCCCGGGGCCCCGCCCCGCGCCCUCGAACAUCUCGACCGCCACGCGAUUGGCUGGGUCGCCGCCAGGACCUGCAGCGUUCUCCCAGAGAGCCGUUGGUCGUAGC